AUGGAUGCCAGGAAGUUUGCAGUGCUCGGUGUCUCGAAAGCGGGUUGCAUUCCGUUCGAGAUAGGCACACAUAUAUGUGCCCAGGAUUGUGUUGAAUCAUUAAAUAACUUAGUCAAGUUAUUAAGCUCAAAAGUAAAGAGCUUGCUAGAAGAUCUUCCGAGCAGCCUUACAGGAUCGGUAUUCAUUUAUAUCGAUGGAAUUGAGAACAUAGAUUAUGCUUGUUGCGAAGUGAUCGGGAGACAUGGUGGUCUGAUUCCAUGCACAGAGAUGUCUCGAGUUUGUUCUGACCGGACAAAGUAUCUUUUUUGGGAUCCAUUCCAUCCGACGGAAUCAGCAAUUUUAAUCGCAACAAAGUAUAUGCUGGAUGGCGGUCCUGAGUAUGUUUCACCCGUCAAUAUCAAUCAACUUACUAACUCCUGA